CAUCACAUUCACUAUUCAUCUUCAGAUUGUCGCACCGAUCCUGAUCUGUUGUCGUAACAUCAAAAUCGCAUCCACGCUUGAAGAUACCUCGCUCUACCUGGCAUCACCGUCCACACGAAUACGGUCUCAGUUCAAGGGUGGCGAAGAUCAAGCUCGCCAACUCAUUGCGCGUCCAGCUGACCUCAUUUCACGCCAACGAUUGGCCAAGCCCCACAGAGCUACUUACUGCACAGAGUACACCCCACACCAUUCUGAACAGCUCGCCUUUGGCGCAGCUUCGGAUACUUUUCGAGGACUUGAUUAGCAAAGCUCUGUGCUCUCUGGAAGGAAGCAUUGGAGCUCGAGAUGGAGGCUGCCUGGACAAAGACGGAGGAGCAGGUGCUGGCUCACUGGCAAGUAGAUGCUGCCAAGGGCUUGAGCGAAGCGCAGGUGGUGGAGCGCAGGACAAAGUACGGAUCCAACGAGCUGGAAGACGAGCCUCCCACACCGCUUUGGCAGCUUAUCCUAGAGCAAUUCAAGGACCAGCUCGUCAUCAUUCUUCUCGCUUCCGCCGUCAUCUCAUUCGUCCUUGCACUCGUGGAGCUGGAAGAGAACUCGAGCGUCAUUGCUGCCCUCGUGGAGCCAGCUGUCAUCUUCCUCAUUCUGAUCGCCAACGCCACUGUGGGCGUGGUGCAAGAGAGGAAUGCGGAUCAGGCCAUCGAAGCGCUCAAAGAGUACUCGCCAGACUACACCACCGUUAUUCGAGGUGGCUCAGCUUCCCGCAUCCGCGCUGCAGAUGUCGUGCCAGGCGAUGUCAUCACUGUCAAUGUUGGCGACAAGGUACCUGCGGAUGCCCGAUUGGUCAAGAUCACCUCUUCCUCCUUCCGCGUGGACCAAGCCAUCCUGACUGGCGAGUCUGUGAGCGUGAACAAGUCGCUUGGCGCGGUCAAAGAUGCCAAAGCUGUCAAGCAGGAUAUGACGAACAUUCUCUUCAGCGGCACGACUAUUGCCACUGGCUCAGCCACCGCCGUCGUCUUUGCGACUGGCGCGUCCACGGCAAUCGGCGAUAUUCAUGCUGCAAUCAGCGCAGAAGAGGACGAGAAGACGCCGCUGCAGGAGAAGUUGGACGACUUUGGAGACAAGCUGGCAAAGGUCAUCACCAUCAUUUGCAUCCUCGUGUGGGCCAUCAACGUUCGUCACUUCUUCGACCCCUCUCACGGAGGCGCUUUCAAGGGCGCGAUCUACUACUUCAAGAUUGCAGUAGCUCUUGCAGUUGCUGCCAUCCCUGAAGGCCUGGCGGCAGUCAUCACCGCUUGCUUGGCUCUCGGCACUCGAAAGAUGGCAAAAAGGAAUGCAAUCGUGCGCCACUUGCCGAGCGUUGAGACGCUUGGCUCCACCAAUGUCAUUUGCUCGGACAAGACGGGAACCCUGACCACUAAUCAGAUGAGCGUCACACGCUUCGCGGUACUUUCCUCUGCAGAUGCUGCUGCCGAAUUCGAGGUGGAGGGGACCAGCUUUGCACCCCAGGGUGAGAUCACAUCCAAUGGACGUAGCGUUCGCUCCCUCAACAAGGCCGGAAGUGCUAUCAACGCGUUGGCUGAGGUCUGCGCCGUCUGCAACGAUGCGAACAUUGCACUCGAGAAAGGCUCUUAUCAAGCGGUCGGUCAGCCGACAGAAGCAAGUCUCAAAGUGCUGGUGGAGAAGCUCGGCUCGCACGACAGCAAGGUCAACCAGCAGAUCGAGAGUCUUUCUCCGCAGCAGCGCACAACCGCUGUAUCUGAUACGUACACCAAAGCUCUGGGUCGCAUCUUGACCCUUGAAUUUGGUCGCGACAGGAAGAGUAUGAGUACGCUGGUCAAACGCGAUGAUGGCACUGGUGCAUUACUCGUCAAGGGCGCUCCGGAGGCGGUCUUGGACCGCUGCGAGACCGCUCUGCUAUCGGGGGGAUCAGAGGUCAAGCUCACCAAGAAGUCGCGCGCUCAAUUGGACCACCUCAUUGGGUCGUACGCCACUCAAGGACUUCGUGUGCUCGCUCUCGCAACUGUCGAGAAUGCGCCCUUGGACCCAAACGCCUACCGCUCCGACUCGCCCGCAGAGUACGUCAAAUUUGAGCAGCGCAUGCGAUUCGUUGGACUGGUCGGCAUGCUGGACCCUCCUAGACCCGAGGUCCGCACCGCCAUCGCUCGCUGCCGCGCUGCUGGCAUUCGAGUCAUUUGCAUUACUGGAGACAACAAGGCAACGGCGGAAGCAAUUUGCCGAUCAAUCGGCAUUUUCCGCCAAGACGAAGAGUUGUCUGGCAAAAGCUACACGGGAAGGGAAUUUGAUGAUCUGAGCGAGGAUCAGAAGCGUAGAGCUGUGCUGCGCGCAUCGCUCUUCUCUCGGACAGAGCCCAAUCACAAGAGCAAGCUGGUUGAGCUACUCCAGCAACAAAAUCUCGUCGUUGCCAUGACUGGAGACGGAGUGAAUGACGCACCUGCUCUGAAGAGGGCCGACAUCGGUAUCGCGAUGGGUAAGGGCGGCACAGCAGUCGCCCAAAUGGCAUCCGACAUGGUUCUGGCAGACGAUAAUUUCGCGACGAUUGAGAGUGCCGUCGAAGAAGGCAGAGCCAUCUACAACAACACGCUCGCGUUCAUUCGAUACCUCAUCUCCUCCAACAUCGGAGAAGUGGCUUCCAUCUUCAUCACCGUCUUGACCGGCUUGCCAGAAGCUUUGAUCCCCGUCCAGCUGCUUUGGGUCAACCUUGUUACCGACGGUCUGCCCGCCACUGCGCUCAGCUUCAACCCACCUGACAAGGGCAUCAUGUCGGUACCGCCCAGAAGACGUUCCGAUCCGCUGGUGACUCCUGCAGGGUUCGCUAGAUGGCUUGCUGUGGGUCUGUACAUUGGGUUUGCUACUUGCGGCGGCUACGCCUGGUGGUACCUCUUCUACGAGAAUGGACCCAAGGUUUCCUGGUACGAGUUGACCCACUUCCAUCAGUGCAGCACGUUCUCCAUCGGUUGCAAGCCAUUCGAAGAAUCUCGAGCUGCCUCGACCAUCUCGCUCAGUAUUCUGGUCGUGAUCGAGAUGCUCAACGCCGUCAAUGCGUUGUCUGAUGCGGACUCUAUUCUGGUCACCAGUCCAUUCUCUAAUCCCUUCCUGAUCGGUGCCAUUGUGCUUAGUCUGUUCUUGCACUAUCUUAUUUGUGCCGUGCCGGUUCUGCAGGACCUAUUCCACGUCCAGGCUCUGACCCAAGCAGAAAUGAAAGCGGUCUUCUAUUUCUCCGCUCCGGUCGUCGUCAUCGAAGAGAUCUGCAAGUUCAUCACCCGAGUCGCGACGCGCCAACAGCGAGAAGCAAGGCAGAAGGAAGAGGCUCGGAUCGAGAAGGAGUUGUCGGCAGAAAAGUGAGAGAGGGAUCACGCGGCGCUCUAUUUAGUCACGCAAGCAUGAACGCAAAAGCUCAGAGCUCGCCAUGUAGUCAAGCAAGUUUGGAAAUAGAUGAAAAGUCAAGAGUGUUUCGUGCG